UUGGUCUGAUGCGUGAAACGGUUAGACUGAUGAAUGAAGCGGAGGCAAAUUUUACCUCAGUGGAACGAUUAAAUCAUUAUAUGAAGAAUAUAGACGCUGAAUCCAGCUCAUUUCGGUGCAAACCAAAUGAUCAAUGGCCCAAUAAAGGAGACAUAAAAUUUUCUGACGUAGAAAUGACGUAUCGGGAAUCAUUGGCACCUGUUUUAAAGAAUGUUUCAUUUGAUAUUCAACCACAACAAAAAGUAGGCGUUGUUGGACGAACUGGGGCAGGUAAAUCGUCUCUUAUUACUGCGCUUUAUCGACUAGUGGAAUUGAGGAACGGAUAUAUCAACAUAGAUGGAAUAGAUAUAUCAUUAAUUCCGCUAAAUGUUUUACGAUCUAGAUUAUCAACUAUUCCACAAGACCCGGUUAUGUUUUCUGGAUCAUUGAGGUAUAAUCUAGAUCCUUUUAACAAUUACACAGACGAUGAAUUGUGGAAUAGUCUAGAAAAAGCUAAUAUAAAGAAAAAAGAGCUUAUUUGUGGAUGA